UGCCCUACAAGCAGUUAGAGUUGUCUUAUACGUCAAGUAUAUAAUCCGUACGACAUGGGCUUAUUCCAACCUCCCCCCUUUUCCUGCAGUCCAAAUGGCAUCCGAAUCCGCAAAUCUGGACUACCUCUCGCUGCACCCCUUCGUGCGCUCCACCGUCGUCGAAAAAGUUCGAGGAACUCUCAUCGGCUCGGCCCUAGGUGACGCCGUGGGGCUUUAUACUGAAUUCCUUUCAAAGCAACAAGCUACCGAAGCAUACGAUGGCCAGAGCAUCUCUCUGAUCCCACCGGUGACUCCUUUCUUCGGCGACGGCCAUCGCGACAAGUUUGUCGAGUGCUUCUGGACCGACGACACGGACCAUAGUCUACUCAUGAUCCUCACAUACCUUCACCACGAUGGCCAGCUCAAACCUAUCGAGUUUGCAAAGCGCCUACAGUCCUGGUGCUCGCAAGGUCUCCGGGUCCUCGAUCGCCUACCGCUCGGUCUCGGCCGAACGGUAAAAACCGUUACGGGUGACCCGCUCUUCACUACGGACCCCUUCGCUGUGGCGAAAGCGAAGUGGCUUGAAAGCGGCCGAAACAACGCCGCGAACGGCUCGCUGAUGCGUACCCACCCGCUAGGGAUCAUCUGCGUGGGCAAGACGCGCGAGGAGACGUUCGAAAUCGCGAUGGAGAUGUCCUUGGUGUCUCACUUUGACCCGAGGUGUGCCGUCGCCUGCUGCAUCGUCACGGGCCUCAUCCGGGGGAUUCUCCGCGGCGAGGUACUGUGCGAGACCGAUGUGGAUGCGGUUAUCGAGGCUGCGUACUCCUUCGUCGAAGCGCGCCCGAAGACGUGGGAUCAUCCGGACCCCGAAUUUCCCGAUGCCCAGCUCCUCGACCGCGAGGACUUCCAUCGUCACAUUUACGCCGCCGACCUAGCGGCGCUGGAACUCGACGACAGGCGCAAGAUAGGGUACGUCUACAAAGCGCUUGGAACGGCGGUGGUGACACUGCGGCGUGGAAUUCGUGGGGGCAACUUUAAAGAGCUUAUCUUCGAGCUGGUGAUGGAGGGUGGGGAUGCCGAUACCAAUGCAUGCAUCGCCGGUGCGGUUUUGGGAUCUUGGACCGGGUUUACCGACUUGCCCAGGGAGUGGAGGGAUGGAUUGGAACACAAGGAGUGGAUGAUGGGUAUUGUGGAGAAGCUAUGCUGGACCGUUGGCAUCGUCGAGGGGGAGUGCAAGGGCAGUGAUGACCCAGAUACGGCGUUUGAUGGUGGCCGCGGGCUGUUUAACGAGGAUCAAAUGAGGUUGAGGGAGAAGACGUUGGUGGAUCAUGUGUACUCGAAGAUGCUGCAAAGGGAUAUGGAUCGUAAGGCUAUGGAGAAGAAGGGAAAGAAGUGGUUUAAUCUCUAAAUAUGCUUUCGUCUCCGGCCAAAAAUAGAAGGCUUAACCUUCUCAAGUUUGAGAAGGCAGAGACCAUAGUAGUUCUGACCUCGAUUUGAACGGGGGACCUGUCGAUCUGCAAUCGACCGCUCUAACCCCUGAGCUACCAGAACAGGG